AGUAAGAAGACAGAUGAAAAAGAAGACAUUUAAAAAAAAAGCUAGUGGUGUUUUGUGGAAAUUAUUUAGGUUUCCUGCUAGCUAGACGUUUGAUUAAAACGUUCACCAAACAGUAUAACGUGCAUUUAAUUUUCUAUCAAAAUGAGUUGCUUGUGGAUGGGCAAUUUGGAGCCCUACAUGGAUGAAAAGUUCAUUUCUCGAGCAUUCGCCACCAUGGGAGAACUAGUGGUUGGAGUGAGAAUUAUUCGAAACAAGAUGAACUGGGGUGCAGCGGGUUAUUGUUUUGUAGAGCUGGCAGACGAAGCAACGGCAGAGCGGUGCCUGAGGAAAGUCAACGGAAAACCUCUACCUGGAGCAACUCCGGUACGAUUCCCCACACCUGCCCAACCACCCAGCACAGUAUCAGUUUGCGAACCUAAAAGGUUCAAGCUUAACCGUGCCACUUAUGGGAAACAGGGAGAGACCAGGGGUGGCUAUAUGGACAACAAGUACGACCAACAGUACUCUUACAACAACAACCAAUACUAUCAAGAUUACUCGAACUACUACUCAAACUGGGGUUAUGACCAGAACACGGGCGACUACAGCGGCUACAACUAUAACCAGUACGACUAUAGCAACCAGACGUACGAGGAGAUGGAAGAAUACGGACUGGAGGACCCCAUGGCAGAGCUAGACGUAAUCGAGGCCAACAGGCAGUUCAUAGAGGAGAGCGAAGAACUAUACGAAGCCAUCAUAGACUGCCACUGGCCCACCCUGGGGUCCCCUACAGCCACCAAGCCACAGUAGAGCACCACCCUCUCCGACCGUGUCGGACCACCUGCCUCCGUCUCUGUGUGGAUUGUUAGGAUGAGCCCAGGGUGAAGGCCUGUGUCAUGCUGAGGACUGCUGGUCUGGACUGUUCCCUCUUAGUGGGCCUGUUGGACAGGCCACUGGGGCAGCACAGGAACUCUAAAAGGAAUGACUGAAAGGAAGCCUCCCUCCCACAUGUUUCUUCGCCUUUUUUUAAGCUGUCAUAAGGUAAUAUUAUUUAUAAAAUAAAUUCAAAAAUGAGAACCGGUGCCCCCAGUUCUUAUUUGAACUUGGGGUUAACCUGUGUUUUCUUCCAGCUUGAGUUUGAUUGACAGUGGUUUCACAAAAUAAGCCGAGGAGAAAGGCCCGUUUCGCUGAAGGCAAUUGGCUGGAACAGCAUUGCUGGAACAUAAUUGGCUGGAAAGUAACGGGUAGGUCCCAAAAAUUAACAUUGACAUUCCACUGGCACCGAGCUCUCUCUAGUGAUUCUCAAAGUGGGGUCCUCAGACCCAUAGCCAGGGGGUCUGCAAAAUAAUUUGCCAUAAAUUAUAACAUUGUACAAAUAAUGAUAAAAUUAAUGUGUAUCAUUAAAAAGUGAAAAAAUAUAUAAUAAUCUACAGAUGGGGACCAUUUGCUGCACCAUUAAAACAAGCAUAUUGUGUCCAUUUAAGAGCACAAAGGGUAUGCUGAAUG